AUGAAUUCGUUAAUAGUGAUGAUGAUUGUUUUAGUUGAGUGCGCGUUCGGUGGUAUCGUGAACCCACAGGAAAAUGAAAUAAAUACGGGAAGAUCGAUAAAUAAUAAUAAUAACGGUUUAGAAACGGCAUAUAAGUUUUUUACGGAUUGUCAAGAUAAGGAUUUCGAAACGUGUAUGGGAGUCAAAGCAGUGACUAUGAUGAACAGAAUGGCAAGAAUGGAAGAUUUGAAAAUAUUCGAAGGUAUGAGUUUUGUCAGAUCUGGAGAAAUCGAUAGAACGGGUAGAGGUUUAAGCGAAGCGGAAUUGGAAAACAUGCUACCGGAAGAAACGUCGGAAAAAAGAUCGAGAUUGAUCGAUUUGUUUUUCGAUGCUGCAUUUAAAUUUCUUAAAUCACAUUCGUUACAAUUGAAAAUGCCCGAAUCGACAUCGAUGGAUUUGGAAAGAGCUUUACAAGAAGGACGUGGAAAAUUGAAAAAAUCACUUUUGCCAAUAAUUCUUGGUGUCGGAGCCAAAGUUUUUGCCGUUAUUCCGUUACUUUUGGGAGGUUUAGCUUUAGUUGCAACUAAAGCUUUAGUACUCGCUAAAAUUGCAUUCGUCAUUGCUGCCAUUUUAGGUUUACAAAAAUUACUCGGCGGUAGUGGCGGUGGCGCAUUAGGAGGUUUCGGAAAAGUACCUAGUAAUGCGGGUUGGACCACCGGAAACAGUUACUCAAACACGGCCGGUUGGAGCGGUUCCGGUCCAUAUUACAGAAGUUUCAACGAAAAUGAAAGCAGUCACGACAUGGCAUACAGCGCUCAAUCGCCAAAAUCCCUUUAA